GCACCUCAGCAGGCGUGUCUCACUCUCCCUUUAAGGCCCCCCGUGCCGCCAGGAAAACACGCUAUGAAUGAAUGUCCAAGUGCUGUGCCGUACCUAGCUUCGAGUCGUCAUCGCACCAAAAGCGGCUCCAUCAUUGUGUUUUGUCAACCAUCCUUCCCGGAAGUCGCUAGAAAGGAAUGUUAAUUAGCUCGGCUCUUUGCAUCUGAAGAGAGCGGUCGCUUCAGAGCGUCGAUCUCGCAGCCAUGAAAGCAAACACAACACGGCGGCCGCGCCUUCUCCUGUUCGCCGGGCUGAGUUGUUUGCUUCUUGGGAACGCGGCGACGGCCCAAUCAACAUGCUACAAUACGCGCGGGGAGGAAGACCCGAACCUGCAGCCAUGCUCUGCACCGGGCGCGGACGCGGACGCGGGAGAGGCGACCUGGUGCUGCGCCCGGGGAGACACCUGUCUCUCCAACGGCCUCUGUCUGAGUCCCGGGUCGAGCAACCUCAUGACGCAGCAAGGAUGCACCGACAAGAACUGGGGCGGGUCGUGCAAGAAGUACUGCCCGGCCAGCGAUGGUAAGCUCUUUUCUCCGCCUUCGGACUUCGAACGAGCUGGCGCCCACUCCCACCAAACUAACGCCUUCCUCCCUCCCCCAGACCAGAAACUGACCGAGAUCCCCCUCGUCCCCUGCCCGGCGAGCUUCAACAGCGACACGAACGACGUCAAGUUCUGCUGCGGCCCCGACCCGUCUUCCUGCUGCGAAGAGUCCGCCUCCUGGAUCUCCCUCCCUGCCGGCACCAUUGUCCCCUCGCAAGCGAACGACGACUCGACCUCCUCAUCCUCCUCCUCCUCCUCCUCCUCCUCCUCAGACUCCGACAACGUCCGCUACUCGCUCAGGAUCGGUCUGGGUAUCGGCCUCGGCAUCGGCGUGCCCAUCCUCCUCGUCCUCCUCGCAGUGGCCUACCUCCUCGCGCAGCCGCUGCACUCCCGCAGCGGGGGGCGGCACGGCUCGGGCAGGCGCAAGGGCGGCGGCGGUAGAGGCGGGGAUUGGGACGGGGACGACGUGGACGACGGGACCAACACGGAAAAGACGUCCGACACCUACCACACCUACCCGCCGCGCUCCUACUUCGCCCGAACCGCUGGCGGGGUCGGCGGUGGCGGCGGCGGCAGCGGCGGAGGCACGCGCACUCACACCACCCGGCCGCGACGCAAGUCCUUCGGCAACCACACCCACGUCCGCGGCGGCUUCGCCUCCUCCUCCUCCUCGUCAUCCCCCGCCGCCGACGACGAAGCGAACCACCACGGAGGCAGGGACGACCAGCACACGCACCCCGCCAUCGCGCUCUGGUCCCCGCAUCUCCACCACCACCACCACCAUCACCACGGCACGGGAGGGAUCCAGAGCGCGCGGAGCGUGGCGACGGCGCUGGCGCAGUGGGCGCGCUCGCCGUUCGGCUUCGGCGGGCUGGAGCCCCCGCUCCCGGGGCCCGAGAACCCGCGGGAGAUGGACGGGAGCGGGAGCGGGAGCGGGAGCGGGCGGUCCGCGAGGGCCCACGGCGGGAGCGGCGGCGGCAGCGGCAGCGGCAGUGGGAUGGGGGAGACGACGCCGAGCCGGCUGGGCGCGGCCGAGCUGCCGUCGCCGGAUCUGUGCCGGCUCGAGGAAGGCGGAGGAGGAGGAGGAGGAGGAGGGGAAGUGGGGGGUCACGGUCCGGGUCCUGCCGCUUCUUCUCCCUCCUCUUCCUCUCCUUCUGCUCCCGGUGGUGGUGGCGGCGGCGGUAUUAGUAGUGGUGGUGGUGGUGCGUCUGGGCAGGCGGCGUGGCACGCCGGGAGGAGGGUGCACGUUGCUGCCGAAGAGGUUGAAUUGCCCACCCCCGACACGCCCGUGCGACCCGAUCAGGAUGUGGAAAAGGGGCUGGGCGGGAAGAAAUGAUUUGCAAAGAUGAGGGCCUUUCCAACGUAAUCCAAAUUAGAGGGAGACGGGUGUAUACUAUCACCGGAUAGACGAGCAUAAUUUAUAUGGAGAGGUGUUUGACAGGUUAAGGUGACUGGGUGGUUAUUGUUGGUGUGGCGUCCAUAGAAGGGGUAAUUAUACCCUUUAAUAAUCAUGGGGAUGUAAACGGCAAUAUUGUUGAUGGUAAUACCUCAGCACCUCGUCCACACAAAGAAUGUUGGACGAUAGACGAUAAUAUCAAGGCGAACA